AAAUGUCUUUGGCUGAGGUCCACCACACCCUUGCACUACCUUUGUAUCUGUUUCCAUGAUCUUCUUUCCUUCCCUGCUGGCUUUACUCUAUAAAAAACCCCUACUUCUCACUCAAUUUCACGGCACUUGAAGGCUACAGCAACGCAUCCCAUAUUUCAUUCGGAGGAACAAAUUAGAAAGGGAGUGGAGUUGCGAUAGAGAUGGAGGGGAGAGAAGAGGAUGUAAGGGAGGGAGCAAACAAGUUCCCUGAGAGGCAGCCGAUUGGGACGGCAGCCCAGAGCCAAGAUACCAAGAACUACAGAGAGCCACCACCGGCGCCGCUCUUCGACACACACGAGUUGAGUUCAUGGUCCUUCUACAGGGCCGGGAUCGCCGAGUUCAUAGCUACUUUCCUCUUCUUAUACAUCACCAUAUUAACGGUAAUGGGUGUCAAUAGGUCUCCCAACAAGUGUGCUUCCGUUGGUAUCCAAGGCAUCGCUUGGGCUUUCGGUGGCAUGAUCUUUGCCCUCGUCUACUGUACAGCCGGCAUCUCAGGAGGUCACAUAAACCCGGCGGUGACGUUUGGGCUGUUCCUUGCGAGGAAGCUGUCUCUGACGAGGGCGGUGUUCUAUAUGGUGAUGCAGUGCCUAGGGGCCAUCUGUGGAGCUGGAGUGGUGAAGGCAUUCCAGACGAGCCAGUACGAGAUGCUGGGAGGAGGUGCAAACGUGGUGGCUCAUGGCUACACUAAGGGUGAUGGCCUUGGCGCUGAGAUCGUGGGUACCUUCGUCCUCGUCUACACUGUCUUCUCUGCCACUGAUGCCAAGCGUAAAGCCCGUGACUCACACGUCCCUAUCUUGGCACCUUUGCCCAUAGGGUUCGCUGUGUUCCUGGUCCACUUGGCUACCAUUCCCAUUACAGGGACAGGUAUCAACCCAGCAAGGAGUCUCGGAGCUGCCAUCAUCUACAACAGGGACCAUGCUUGGGAUGACCAUUGGAUUUUCUGGGUGGGACCUUUCAUCGGGGCAGCUCUUGCAGCUCUCUACCAUCAGGUCGUCAUAAGGGCCAUUCCAUUCAAAUCCAAGUGACUAAAUAGAUAGUCAAUUUCACUUCUUGUUGAUGUAUAAGUAUGUGGCUCUCUAUGCAAAAAAAAAAAAAAAAGAAAAAAAAGAAGAAAGAGAGAUGUAUAAGUUUGUAGCAGUGUGCAUGUAAUAAGUAAUGUAUGGCGUGGUCGUGGACUUUUAUGUCUAUUAAUGAAUUAUGACUACUGUGAAAUUGUGAUGA